AUGAAUAACAAUAUUGAUGAUUCUAAGAUAAAUAUAGAAAGUUUAGGAGAAGACAUAUUGGUUAAUGAAAUUUGUAAAUAUUUAACAAGUGAAGAUAUUUUCAAAUUAUUUAUACUAAACAAGAAUUUAUAUCAAAUCUUUAUUAAUUCAUUAUCAAUUUAUUCAAUUUUAUAUAAUAAAAAAUUUUCAAAUAAUUUAUAUGAUUAUACUUUAAAUUUAAAUCAAAAUUUAAAUUGGAAAGAAUUAUUUUAUUUAAGAUGUUCCAAAACACAAGAAAUUUUUACUUGGGGUGAAAGUAAUGGUGGUAGAUUAGGUUAUUUAUCAAGUAGAAUUAAUCAAUCAAAUGUACUGAAAAAAUUGGGGAGUUGGUCAGUUCAUACUCCAACAAGUAUUAUUGACUUUAAUAAUAAUUUAAUAGUUGAUAUAGAAGCAAAUGGUUAUAGUUUUAUUAUAUUAUUAAAUAAUGGUGAAUUAUGGUUUACUGGUAUGGAUUGGAAACGUCCUCAAUUUGGUUUAUCAACUCCAGGAUCAAUUUUAGAAAAAGAUUAUAGACCAAAUCCUGGUACUAUGGCAUUAGCUAGUAUGAAUCAAGGAACAAUUGAUAGAGAUGAUCAUAUUGGAGGUAGAAGAAGUAUAAGACCAACUCCACCUAGAAUGGGUGUAAUGCCAAUUCCAUUAAUGGCUGGAAGAUAUAGUGAUAGUAGUAGUGAUGAAAGUGAUGAUAAUAAUACUAAUAAUAAUAAUGAUGAUAAUCAUGAAGCUACAAUUACAACCCCACCUCCAACUUCAACUUCAACUUCAACUUCAGCAGAUAUACCACAAUCAAGAAGAAGACUUAAAACACCACCAGAACCAACCACUAAUCGUCCACAAUCUAAAAUUCAAGAAACAAAUUUUUUAUCAAGAUUAUUUUUACCUCCUGGAAAAGAAUACACCAACAGAAAAAUCUUAUCAAUAAGUACUGGUAGAGAACAUAUAAUCGCAUUAGAUGAUAAUAAUAAUAUUUAUACAUGGGAUACUGGAUGUAACUCAAAUAUUGGUAUAAAUAUUAUAUUUGACAAUAUACCUCAAACUUCAAUAAUCACUAAAAUUGUUGCUGGUUGGAAUUUAUCAGCAUGUACAAUUGAUAAUAUUGGGUUAGUUGUUUGGUAUACUAGAUCUCCAUUAACAAAAGAACAAUUUGAUAAACAAGAUUAUAAAAGUAAAGCAAAAUAUAUUAUAAUCCCAAACACAAAAAAUAAUAUAGUAGAUUUUGCAGUCGGUGCUGAUUAUGUAUUAUUUAUAAGAAAACUGGAUCAGAAAUUGUAUCAAUUUAGAAUUAAUGCUCAUGAAUAUGCAAAUAAAGAUAAUAAUGAAACAAUAGACGAUAGCGAAUUAAAAAGAAUGAUUAUUCCAAUGAAUAGUUUCAAUGAUUGGAAAACAUCUCAAUCAACAAAAAACAUCCUUUUCACAAAAUUAAAUAGUUGUUUCACAAAUUUCAUAGUAUUUACAAAUCAUGAUCAAAUCCUAAUUGGAUCAAAUGAUCAUCUUUUAAAUCCAGGAUCAUCAUCAAUGGAUUCAGAAAAUGAUAUCCCACAACCAAUAAUAAUUCCUGAAUUACAAAAUCAAAAUAUAAAAUCAAUAAAAAUAGGAGAUUAUCAUUAUUUAGCAUUAACAAAUGAUGGUUCACUUUUAAGUUGGGGUCAAGAAUCAAGAAAUUGUGGUUGUUUAGGUAUUGGUCCAAAAGAAUUAGCUAUAUCUGAAAAUCCUCAACAAGUAGUUGAUCUUGGUGCUAAUAUAGAAGUUAAAACUCCAAUGAAAGUUAAAAAUCCUUUUGGUUUAAGAAAAGGUAAAUGGGUAGCUAUUGCUGCUAGUGGUUGGCAUUCUGGUGGAAUAUACAUUCCUGAUGAAUAA